AUGGCUUCCUCGAUCGAAAACAAUAAGGAGAAGCUAACCCUAAAAUCAUCCGACGGUGAGGAAUUCCUCGUCGAAAGGCGCGUGGCCUUCCAAUCCACCCUAAUCCAAACCAUGUUAGACUCCGACUGCUCUUCCACCGAUGUCAUCCCUCUCCCCAAAAUCGACGCCAGAACCCUAGCCCUAGUCCUUGACUACUGCAAGAAGCACGUGGAUGCUUCUUCAUCGAAACAAGAGGAACUAAAUAGCAUCGAUUCGGAAUUCUUAAAGGACAUGGAUAUGGGCGCCCUGUUUCAUCUGGUGCUGGCCGCGAAUUUUAUGGAAAUCAAGGGGUUGCUGGAUAUCGCGACUCAAAAAAUCGCGGAUAGGAUCAAGGAUAAGCCGCAUCAGGAGGUCCGUGAGAUAUUCCAUGUCGAGAAUGAUUAUACCCCUGAGGAAGAAGCCGCGGUUCGAGAGGAGAACAAGUGGGCUUUUGAAGGAUUUCCUUGA